GUGAAAGAAUACAUCUGUCUUCUUCCAACCCAAUAAAACCCAGAAAAGAAAAUCCAAUUGCCAGCAACAGCUCCCACUUCAUUAUUCACAUGUUCAUUGACCACCUACCCUUUAAUUAAUAUAUACACACACAUUUAUCAUCACCAUUUUCUUUCAUAAAUACACUCUUAAACCACAAAGUUAUAAACACUUUGGGAUCCAAUAAUUUACACUUACUAAUCCCAAGAAUCCCACUAAUCUCUUCUUUGUAACUGAAAAUUAUAACUUGGGGUAUUCCAAGAAUCCCACUAGUCUCCUUUUCUAAUCUCAAAUUUUGUUGUUCCAAGUGAAAAAUUUAGAACUUCGGGGUAUCCCAAGAAUCUUGAAAAAUGAGUAGUUACAGGGUAUGUGUAUGUUUCACUAGAAAAUUCAGGGUAACAGAGGCAGAACCACCAGCAGAUGUGAAAGAAGCAUUCAAGAAAUAUGCUGAAGGUGGAAAUCAGAUGAGUUCAGAACAGUUGUUGAAGUUCUUGAUGGAAGUUCAAGGAGAAACCCAAUUGAGUGUUGUUGAUGCUGAAGGUAUUGUUAGACCGAUCCUUCAGAAAAGGCAUCCCAUUACUAAGUUAACCAGACAGGCUCUUGUUCUUGAUGAUUUUCAUCAUUACCUAUUCUCUGCUGACCUUAAUCCACCAAUCAAUUCUAAGGUUGUCCAUGAUAUGAAUGCUCCACUCUCCCAUUAUUAUAUAUUCACUGGCCACAAUUCUUACUUGACUGGAAAUCAGUUGACGAGUGACUGCAGUGAUGUCCCAAUUAUAAAGGCACUGAAAAAAGGUGUAAGGGUGAUAGAGCUUGAUAUAUGGCCAAAUUCCGACAAGGAUGACGUACACGUACUUCAUGGAAGGACAGCGACAACCCCUGUGGAAUUAAUAACAUGUCUCAAGUCAAUAAAAGAGCAUGCAUUUUCUGCUUCUCCUUACCCUGUUGUAAUAACACUGGAAGAUCAUCUAACACCUGAUCUUCAAGCUAAAGUGGCUCAGAUGCUCACUGAAACAUUUGGAGAAAUGCUCUUUGUUCCUGAAUCGGAUAGUCUAAAGGAAUGCCCUUCACCAGAAGAACUAAAACAUCGUAUUAUCAUUUCAACCAAACCUCCAAAAGAGUACCUUGAAGCCAGUGCUAGUGUUUGUAAAGACAGACGAAAUAACUCAACGAGGUCAAAGGAAUCUGAGGAUGAUGUAUGGGGUUCUGAACCUUCUAGCUUGACAGCUGAUCAAGAAGAAAAUGAAAAGAGUGACAGUGAUAAAAACUAUGAAGAUGACGAUGAAUCCAUCCACAGACCACAUGUUUCAUCUGCUUAUAAACGCCUGAUUGCCAUCCAUGCUGGCAAACCCAAAGGUGGAUUGAAGGAGGCAUUGAAAAUUGAUCCUGAUAAAGUAAGACGCUUAAGUUUAAGUGAACAGGCUCUCGAAAAGGCUGCUGAAUCUCAUGGAACAGAUAUUGUUAGGUUCACGCAAAGAAACAUUCUAAGGGUGUACCCUAAAGGUACUAGGUUUAACUCAUCCAACUACAAGCCACUAAUUGGUUGGAUGCAUGGAGCCCAGAUGGUUGCAUUUAACAUGCAGGGAUAUGGUAGAUCACUAUGGUUGAUGCACGGGAUGUUCAGGUCAAAUGGAGGUUGUGGCUAUGUUAAAAAGCCUGAUUUCCUGCUGAAUGUUGGUCCUAAUAAUGAAUUUUUUGAUCCGAAAGCAAAGUUGCCAGUUAAGAAAACAUUGAAGGUGAAAGUAUAUAUGGGAGAUGGAUGGCAUUUAGAUUUCAAGCAAACUCACUUUGAUAGGUAUUCGCCCCCAGAUUUCUACACAAGGGUAGGGAUAGCUGGAGUUCCUGCUGAUGAGAUGAUGAAGAAAACAAAGACUAGAGAGGACAUGUGGUCGCCAGUUUGGGAUGAAGAAUUUACCUUCCCACUGACUGUACCAGAAUUAGCUUUGCUGCGAAUUGAAGUGCACGAAUAUGAUAUGUCAGAGAAGGACGAUUUUGCAGGCCAAACAUGUAUACCUGUUUCGGAGUUGAAACCUGGUAUACACACAGUUCCCCUCUGUGACAGAAAGGGUGAAAAAUAUAAUUCCACGAGGCUGCUCAUGCGCUUUGAGUUCAUAUAAGGGUUCUUUAUUGUGUGUGCUUUUCGUGCUUUCGUCUUUUUGGAUGUCGUCUGAUGUUUGUUUACUUACAUUCUAGGUGUUUGCAAUAAUGUCAUUAUGUUCUCUAUUUCGAGAAGCUUGUAUUGCAAAACAGAUUUCCAUGUGGCGUUGUAGUUUGUAGCUAUAGGUCACAGGUUCGGGUCCGUGGAAGCAUCCACUAAUGUUUGCAUUAGGUUUUGCUGUUUACAGCACCUCUUGGGGUGCGGCCCUUUCCCAGACCGUGCUAACGCAGAAUGCUUUGUACGCCGGGCUGUCCUUUUUAUGCCUGGCAGUUUGUACAGUAUACAAGAAAAUUUAAAUUCUAAA